AUGAUCCGGGGCGGGCUCGUCGUCGUCCUCUUUGACAAGCUCUUGCGCCUCGCCGAAGACCCGGCGAUGGAAACGCGCGCCAUGACGCUCAUGUUUAGCGACACCCAGAAGGUCAUGUCCGCGAUGAACUACUUCCAUGAGCUGUGGGCUGUGUCGUCUGCUGUUUGUCUCAGUCUUUCCAACAAGAUCAGCCGGCGGCAGCAAAAGUGGCUGGCAGCCGUCGAACAGAGACUGGCACGUACCAAGCGCAUGCUGUCGUCCCUCAAAGCAGUCAAAAUGCUGUCAGCGAGCGAUCGCAUGCACAGCUCCAUCACGGCUCUACGCCGAGCAGAACUUGCUGUGGCUUGGCCCUUCCGGAGGCUGCAAAUUAUCACCACUGCCAUCUCAUACAGCAGCAUAACCUUGUCGCCGCCACUUGUUUUCGGUGUGUACGUUGCCAUGACCUCUGGUAACCACGGCUUGGACGUUUCGAAACUCUUUUCCUCUCUCACUCUCAUUAGUUUACUAGCAAAUCCUGUGAUGCACCUUUGUCAAGCCAUUCCAGCACUCGGCGCGGCUCAUGGUUGCAUGGCACGAAUUCAGACAUUUUUGGAGCUUGAUGAGCACCGUGAUAGGAGGACUACAAUGUCUCCGUCAAAAGAUGCAGAUACACCGGAACAGGUUCUCCUGUCGCUUAAGAAUGUGUCCUUAGGAUGGCUGGCGGGAAAACCAAUCCUUCAUGACAUCAAUCUCGAUGUCAAGCGGGGGUCGCGAGUUGCUAUCCUGGGACGCAUUGGUGCUGGUAAGUCUCUUCUUCUUAAAGGGAUUUUAAGUGAAGUAGCCGAAAUUUCAGGCGAAAUCGCUUUGCGUGAAGACGUAACUUUGGCGUACUGUAGCCAAACUCCAUGGCUGGAGAACGCGUCGGCAGAAGAAAACUGGACUCGGCGCAGCCCAUCAAGAAGCCCUGCCUUACUCGGCAAAAUGAUUCAGGACUACGCAUUACAGAAUAUCCAGGAGCUUCACGAUUACAAAACGGGGACCAUCGGAAGCCAGGGCGUCAAACUCAGUGGUGGACAGCGACAGAGACUGAGCACAUUGCCAACAUGGCCGACAAUCUACGAAAUAGACUCGGCGGGCAUCAUGACGCGCCGGCCCAAGAGGGAGCUGCCCGCAGAGACCAUGGCAGCGGACGAGGACUCGACGCCCGAGGUCAAGGAAGAAGCGUCCACCUCUGAAACAUGCCAGGCUUCGUCCCCGAACUCCGCCACCAUCACGAUACCUGAACCGCCGCUCAAAUACAUGGAUGUCUACAAAACCUACCUGCACUCCGUAGGGCUUGGCAACGCCGUCCUCUUCCUGCUUCUCGGUGGCCUAUAUGCUGUCGCCAUGAAGUUUCCAGACGUUUGGGUCCAGUGGUGGUCCAAUGACAGUUCAGCGGGCGGCGGCGGCCGCCACUCGACCGGGUACUGGAUCGGCGUCUAUGCUGUGUUGGAGUGCCUUCCGCUGCUGAUGCUUGGACUGUGGGAUUGGCACCUCUCUUACGUGGUCGUUCCCGUGGCGGGCAUGUCCCUUCACACUACGCUGCUCACCACCGUCCUCGACGCGCCCUUUGCCUACAUCAGCAGCGUCGACGCCGGCAGUAUUAUCAAUCGCUUUAACCAGGACCUUAUGUUUAUCGACUCGCAGCUCCCUAACGCCCUCUUUAAUACCGUCUCUGAGCUCUUCGUGGCCGUCAUACAGGUCGUCCUCGUCGCUGUCGCCAGCGCCCACGCACUCGCCGCCGUUCCCGCCGUAGCCACCGUCCUCUACGCUGUUCAACGCUUCUACCUACGUACGUCUAAGCAAUUACGGCUUCUCGACCUCGAGGCUAAGGCGGUACUACACAGCCUCGUCUCCGACGUGGCGGGCGGCGCCGGCCCGUCGACGCUCCGCGCUCACGGCUGGCAGGCUGACGUCCGCGCGCACUUCCUCGCCCGCCUCGACGCCUCUCAGGAGCCUAUCUACCUUCUAUUUUGCGUGCAGCGCUGGCUGCAGCUCGUCCUUAACCUGGUUGUUAUGGGGCUCGUCGUGCUCGUCGCCGGCGUUGCUGUGGCGCUUCGCCAAAGGGUCAACCCAGGCGCUGUCGGCGUCGCAUUUCUGAACGCUGCCACCUUAGGUGAGACGCUGACCCAGUUCAUCCUCGCGUACACGUCUUUGGAGACGUCUCUGAGUGCCAUUGCGAGAACAACCAUGUUUAGCGCGAGUACGCCGAGUGAGCGAGAUGACGACGAGAGGGGUGCAAAACCCUCGUCGUGGUGGCCGUCCGAGGGGAGCGUUCGGCUCGACAAUGUUUGGGCCCGUUAUCAGCUCCUUGCUAACUCUCAAGAUGCGUCUUGGAGCUUGCGAGGCAUCAGUGCUAAUAUACCAGCCGGGCAAAAGGUGAGUAUUUGCGGCCGCACGGGCUCAGGCAAGUCGACCUUCAUCCUAGCUCUGCUUCGCAUGGUUGAUGUUCCAAUCGGCACAGCCUACAUUGGUGGGCAAGACCAUUCGCAGCUUCCGCUCGCAGCCCUGCGGCGAGGCUAUUUAGUCGUCUCGCAGGAUCUCCUCGACGAUUCCACAAUUUUGCGUGACCAGAUUGACCCCGAUGGACAGUUUACAGACGAGCAGGUCCAAGAGGUGUUGACGGAAUGCGGCCUCCAAGAGGUCGUUGAGGCAAGUGGUGGGCUAAAGGCGAGCGCCGCCGCCGUUCAGCUUUCGAAUGGCGAGACACAAUUUCUAUCCCUCGCAAGAGUUCUCCUGUAUGGAUCUGCACGACAAGGCGGUAUACUUCUUCUCGACGAAGCCACAAGCAGGUGCGUCGUAAAGUCGUAG